CUCUUCAUUUUUCAGUACUCGUGCUUCAGCUCUGUGUGGUGGUGUAAACUCUCCACCUCCUCUGGGGCAGCGCUGAGCUGUAAAUGGUGAAGUCCUCACCCUCAAAAACAACAAGAGGGCGGAAUAAGAAGCUCUCACGGCUUUGGCAACAAACAAGUCGCCUCCUGAAGCAGGAAAUCAGAGCGGGGACCGUCUUCAAGAGAGAAAAAAAUACUAGCAUUGGCCCCGCCCUCACCACACUUCUGGCUCAGGAACCUGCAGAGCUUGUCUGAGCCUGCCUGCAGCUGCAGGUUUCCUGGACACAUACCUGUACUGUGCCAUGGCUCUGUUGACCCUGCACAGGCUCCCUUCUAUCUCCAGCGCUCCUGAUGAAGGCGCUGAAAGACGAGGAAGACUCCAGAAAAGGGAGAGCUUUGCCCUCGUGAAGGGGGCUGUCCUUUUGCUGGAAGAAGGUGAGAGGGAGCGCCUCCAUGAGGAGACGUCUCCUCCUCUAACGUCUCCUUCAGAGGAGGGUGAUGUAGCAUCCGACAAACGACACCAGCAGAUUCAUGCCAUGGUGGAACUGCUCAGGCCAGAAGAUACCAUCAAGCUGGCGGUGCAGUUGGAGUCUGUCAGCCCAGUCAGAGUCAGGUAUCUGAUCGUCAUCUCCACCCUUGGAAACAAACAGGAGAGCAUCCUGCUGGGCAUAGAUUUCCCCAACUCAGACAGUGAUCAAUGCACCAUCGGCCUGGUCCUGCCGGUAUGGAGCGACACACAGGUUUAUCUGGACGGGGAUGGUGGUUUCAGUGUGACCUCAGCUGAGGAGACCAGAAUCUUUAAGCCUGUCUCCAUGCAGACCAUGUGGUCAGUGCUGCAGGCGUUGCAUGGCUGCUGUGAGCGGGCAGUGAGGGCAGUAGUGAUCCCAGGAAAUGGCCUUGAAUGGGCCCAACACUACCAGCAACAUAUCGAGUCGGAUCGCUUCUGCCUCAAUGAGUGGGAGGUCAUGAACGACCUGGAGUCGGUCCGCAAGGACAGUGAUAGACAGACGUCUGCAGAGAGAGUUUCCAAUGAAAUGCUGAUCAAGGAGCACCUGAGAGACAUCAUGAGCACUGAAGACUUGGACAACCUCACGUCUAAAAUGGUGCACAGGACCCUGGAGACCAGGAUUGGUUUUGACAUGAGACCCUAUAAGGAAUACAUAGAUAAUGAGAUCCUGGUCACCAUGGCUCAGAUGGACAAACCCUCCAAAAUAUUCGACUACCUUUACCUGGGCUCUGAGUGGAACGCAGCUAACUUUGAGGAGCUGCAGAAAAACAACAUUGGCUAUAUCCUGAAUGUGACGAGGGAGAUUGACAACUUUUUCCCAGAGUCCUUCAAUUAUAUGAACAUCAGAGUGUAUGAUGUUGAAGCCACAGACCUGCUGCCUCACUGGGAACACACAUACAGGUUCAUCAACAGUGCAAGGAAGAGUGGACAGGGAGUGUUGGUGCACUGUAAGAUGGGCGUUUCUCGCUCUUCAUCCACGGUUAUAGCAUACGCCAUGAAGCAGGAGCGCUGGAAUCUGGAUGUUGCGUUGUCCUAUGUCAAAGACCGCCGCUCCAUCAUCAAGCCCAAUGAAGGCUUCAUGAAGCAGCUCCAGACCUACAAUGGUAUCCUCAGUGCAAGCCAGCAGCGUCACAGUGUUCUCUGGAGGCGAAAGUCUCGAGAACAAAGGCAAAGGUCAAUGCAUCAGGAAGGGGAAGGGGAGGAAAAAAAGCCAGAAGAGGAGUACGAGGAUGAGGAUGAGGAUGAGGAUGAAGAACUUGACUCUGAAGAGGAGGAUGUAGAGAUUUCAGAUGAAAAAGAGGAUUCAGCAGAAGACACAGAGGUCUUUGUAGACCCAAAACCAAAAUCAGAUACCAACCAGGGACCUGGGCAGGUGGACGUAAAUCCUGUUAUAACAGUAAAUGACCCAGACAAGGUGGCUUCGAGUGUAAAUCGCAGCGGAAGAAUGAACCUCUUCUCCCUCAUGCAGUCCAUCAGUGAACUGGAUGAUGAGGAUAAAGGACAGCUCCCUGGCAGUCCGAGGCGGUCUCCGAUGCAGAGGAGACGUAGCCAGGGAAAACGGGGUCUGAUUCACCAGAGAGCAUGUGUGGAUGUUUCCCCUGAACCAAGAAGCCUGCCAAAGAGUGGACAAAGCAAACCCUAAAGAGAACAAAGCAGUAGGAGAGCAGGAAGGAGAGAAUACACCUUUGAUGAAGGAGAACACACCUGAAAAAUGUGCUCCGCUAACAUGCCAAGGUUUUUUGUACACUGAUGUUGCUCUGGCUUAAUGUUUUACAUUAUUCAGAUAAGAGCUUUAAUUUAUGUUUAGCAUAUCACUGUUCAUAAUUAAUAGAACUGAUGGUUCACUGCUGAUCAAAGUGUUAUGUUUUAUAUAAACUUUUUUCAGAAUAUAUAUAUUACUACAUACAUGUCCGAUCGUUCUCUCCCUUCAUGACGCAGCUCUCUUCGUUCUCCUCUUCAGCUCAUGUUGCCACUCCAGAGAUACCUAUGCAAACAACUGUUGUUCUUUACUUUCCUCUGAGAAUGUGAUGCUGUAUGCUGCUGAUUCAGGGUAGACAGUUGUUAAUGUCUUCUUUCUCUCUUAUCAGAAGUCUUCUGCUCAUUUCCCAGAGAUGAGGAUUUCUCUGUAUCCAAGCUGUGUUUGUUGAGGACCAAGUCAGGGCCAGUUUUGUGGCAUGAGUCUGUUUGCCAAAUAAUGUAUUACAAUGUGCUGAUGAUUAUAUGUAAUUUUAAAAGAUGUUAUUGUAUCAGUAUAUUAGGAACCAAUGUAUCUUCUUUUUAAUCCACCAGGGCUGUAUGAGUGCCUUCAACCUGAGAAACGAACAUGACUCUGUGAUCGCAGUUUUUAACGAUUGAACUCCACCUUGGAGGCUAUGUUGUUUGUACCUUCUGCUGUUCUCACUCAGUUUGAUUGCAGCAUAAUGUGAUUCCCAAGGUUUUGCAUGUAUGCAUAAUGCAUUUAUAUAUGUAUGCAGUAUAUGUACCGACACAUAAUUGCUGGGGACUCUGGUGCAUGUUAUGUUUUUAUACAAAUGUGGGAGCAAAUUGUUCAGGGUUUUUGUCAUGUAUUUAUAUUCACCUUUAAUGGGUCCAGGUAAUUAUUCAACAUACUGUCAGAAGACAUCUGAUCACGAGAUGCUGAUGUGGAAUAUUUUUAAUUUAAACUGAUAAACCCCAAGCUAGUUUACAUUUAAUCUGCAUGAUCACUUUUGAAGAAAACAUGCACUUUAUAAUCCCAGGACACACACACUGUUCACACGGUUCACACUGCCUGAGCCAACAUCAUGCUGUGUUAGAAUUAAAAUGAUCCAUUUUUAAAUUCUCAUCCACAUCUGUCUAUGUUAAGCUCUGCACUGUCUGCACCUCUCCUGUUUACGACGAACACAGAGAGAAAAAUUAAAAAUUCAUACACAAACAAA